UCUGUAUGUGUCUCUCAACUGGUGACCUUGGAUCCCUGAUGCGAGUUUCGAAACGUGUCCAUCUCGCAGCGCAAAGUAACUACUUUUGGAAGAAGUUUAUGAAAUGCAAUAUGCCCUGGUUCUGGGAACUGCAGGAAGGUAGCCCAAACCCUUUUGUCUAGUUGUCUUGAUUACAAGAAGUUAUGCCUUUGGCUCGAUACUGUAAGGUGACUUCUGAAGUAUAUGGAAUGGAGGAUUUGGGCCUUAUGGCUGUAGCUAAUCGUCGACGCAUCUGGGAAGCGUGUGCAAGGAUUGCAGACUUGUAUUUGAAAGCGCUAGAAGCAACCCGUGCAGACGCCCAGACCUUCCCAAGGACUGUCGUGGAGUGAAAACAUGAGGCUUUGUGUUAUGAUUUUCGAUUCGAUUCUAUUUACCAAAAU